UCUAUGAAAUUCAAAACUAUUUUUUCCCAAAUGAAAAUUUUGAAAGAGAUUACAAAAAAUGUUUAAAUCCAAAAUCACAAGAAGAAAUUAUGGAAUAUUUUGUAAAUAAAAAUUCGGAAAUGGGAGAGGCCUUAAUUAAUUAUAAGAAAAAUCCUAACAAAAAUAUAGAUUAUAUAGAGGUUUUAAAUUUAAAUUAUAAAUUAAUUACUUUUAAAAUUUUGUUAAUAACUGAGGGGCUUAAUGAAAAUCAAAGCCUCGAUUGA